GCCGUUGGCGCCGGCAUGUCGGGCCCCGGGCCGCGGGAGCCGCCGCAGGCGGGCGGGCCGGCGGGCCCCGAGGGCGCGGACGCGGCGCCGGGCGAGGCGGGGCUGAGCUUCACGACCACCGACCUGAGCCUGGUGGAGAUGACGGAGGUGGAGUACACGCAGCUGCAGCACAUCCUCUACUCGCACAUGGAGGCGGCGGCGGCCGACGGCGAGCUCGACGCGCGCCUCAGCUCGGCCUUUCUGGCGGCCACGGCGCCGGGCGCGGCGACGGCGGCGGGCGGCUUCGCGGCGGCGGGGGGCGCGGCGGCGGCGGCCGGGGGCGCGGCGUCCGUGUACCCGGUGUUGUGCCCGCCCGCGCUGGCCGACGGCGGCUUCGCGGGCGCCGCGCCCUGCCUGGGCCACGUCGACUUCCAGGAGCUGCGCAUGAUGCUGCUCAGCGAGGCGGGCGCCCCCGCCGCCGCUGAGAAGACGCCGGGCGCCGACGGCCCCGGCCCGGGCGCGCCGCGGCCCAAGGCGCCCGACGGCGGCGGCGGCAAGGAGAACGCGGAGGGCGCGCCCGAGGCGCGGGCCAAGUCGGCCGUGCGCGUCCGCCUGGAGGACCGCUUCAACAGCAUCCCGAUCGCUGAGCCGCCUUCCGCCCCGCGCGGCGCCGAGCCCCCCGAGCCCGGCGUGGCGCUCAACAAUUUGGUCACUCUUAUCCGACAUCCUUCCGAAUUAAUGAACGUCCCUCUUCAUCAGCAACAAAACAAAUGCACGACGUUAGUGAAAAAUAAAACUGCCACCGCGGCCACGGCCCUGCAGUUCACGUACCCCGUGUUCACGGCCAACGCCUGCUCGGCCAACGCCGGCUCGAACCCGUCGCAGGUGCAGAGCUCUAGUAACCCAUGUUCUAUACUCGAAGCUGCCAAGCAUCAGGAUAUUGGAUUGCCUAGAGCAUUUUCUUUCUGUUACCAGCAGGAAGUUGAAUCCACUAAACAGACUUUGGGCGGUAGAAACAAAGCUUUGCCUGAGCAGGUUUGGAUUAAAGUAGGAGAAGAAGCUCUAUGUAAGCAAGCAAUAAAUAAGAGGAAUCGGAGUAGAAUUCGUCAGCUGGACACAAAUGUAGAACGAAGAGCCCUUGGAGAGAUUCAGAACGUGGGUGAAGCUUCCACCGCCGCACAGGGCGCUUGGCCACCCGCGGAGUCCUCGCAGGCAGACCUCGGGGAGCAGAGCCAGAGCGGGCCGCAGGGAGGAAGGUCGCAGCGCAGGGAGAGGCAUAACCGCAUGGAAAGAGAUAGAAGGCGCAGAAUCCGCAUUUGUUGUGAUGAGUUGAAUCUUCUAGUCCCGUUCUGCAAUGCCGAGACAGAUAAGGCAACCACGCUCCAGUGGACCACGGCGUUCCUGAAGUACAUUCAGGAGCGACACGGAGAUUCUCUUAAGAAGGACGUGAACUAAAUAUAAACCCACUACAGCCCGGCAACAAAAGCAACACAAUACAAAAACAAAGGAUUCGAGCACCUUUUUCCAAAGAAGGUGAACAAAUGGCCAGCAGGUACACGAGAAGAUGCUCGCCAUAUCUGACCAUCAGGGAAAUGCAGAUCAAAACCACGUGCAAGUACCACUCCUCACCGUGACGUGUGGCUGUUACGGACAAACUAGGUGCUCACAAGAGGCGCAGAAUUGGAACUCGGGGCUGCUGGUGGGGAUGUCAGAUGGUGCGGCUGCUGUAGAAAGUUGUCUGACGGUGUCUCAAGAAGUUAGCCCUAGAGUUACCGCGCGAUCCGGCAACCCCUCUUGGGGGUUAUGCACCCGAGAGACGUAAAAGCAGGGACCCGGAUGGACGCCUGUAUGUCAGUGUUCACAGCAGCUCUGGUCUCAGAGGCCAGAACGUUGGAGGCGGGCCCGUGCCUGGCAGCGCGCGUCCGGAGGGUGCUUUCUCAGCCGUAGGCAGAGAGGGCGCGACACCUUGCUGCAGCACGGGCGCGCCUCGUCGCUGCUCUGAGUGACGUGAACCAGUCACAGGAGGACAGACGCCCCGUGGGUCCACUUCCGUGUGGCCGCCGGAGCUGUUCCAUUCGUAGGGACAGAAAGUGGGAUGGUGGGCAGGGGCUGCGGGAGGGCGAGAGUCAUGUUUGACGGGGGACAGAGUGUCCGUGUGGAAAGAUGAAAAGUGGUGGUGAUCACGCGACACUGAAGGCAGUUCGUGCGCCGGAUAAAACCACAUACAGCGGUUAAAACAAAACGUCACGUUACAUAUUUUUUACUGUAACAAAACCUUUAAGCCUAGACUCAGCGGUAUAAGAAUGCUAUGCUUAAAAAACUCGUGGAAAUGUGUCCGUGCACAAACGUGGAGAGAACAGAAUACCGAGCUCCUGUGUUCCUGUAACUCUGCUUCAGGGCCAAGAUCGCCUGUCUGUACUCCUGUCCUGCCUCCCUUGUGGGACUAUUUUAUUUUAAAGCAGUUGCAG